GCCGGUCUGUUAGUUGUCAGCUGACAGCCCAUUCAAUUGGACCUGCUCAACGGCGCGGAUUUCGAUUGAGCUUUCCGAUUUUCAUUUGUUCAAACAAUCCCACUAAUAGCAGUUUUUGUUUUUUUGUAAAGAACACAGCGAUUGUAAUUGUAAAAGUUCAAGUAAUUCGAUCGGCAGGUCGUGAGUGAAAUUAAAUCGAAAAGUCACUAUCACCAGUGGUAGUUUUCAGCUGCGCAGUAGAAAAAACUAAAGACAUCUACAGACUGUUGCCGGACUUAAUUGUAAGAAUAAACAAACACAUCCAAUAUGACAAACAUGCGGCCACCGCAGAAAUCCAAGUUGCUGAAGGUCGUCAUAUUGGGCGACGGGGGUGUUGGAAAAUCCGCCCUUCUCAACCGCUUCGUUUCAAAUCGCUACGAGGAAAACAAUUUCCACACCAUAGGCGUGGAGUUUAUGAAUAAGGAUAUAGUAGUUGAUGGAGAACACUACACAUUGCAGAUAUGGGAUACUGCUGGACAGGAGAGAUUUCGGGCUUUGCGAACACCUUUCUACAGGGGAUCGGACAUCUGUCUGCUGUGCUAUGCCCUCGACGAUCGGGACAGCUUGAAGGGAUUGGGUAUGUGGCGCAAUGAGUUCCUGAACUACGCAGACGUCGACCAAGACAAGUUUCCCUUCAUCGUGGUAGGAAAUAAGAACGAUAUUCCAGCUCAGAAACGGCAAGUGACCUUCGAGGUUGUGCAGCAGUGGUGUGCGGAGCAGAAGAUUGCCUGCCACAUCGAGACGUCCUCAAAGGCGGCCACCAAUGUAACAGAUGCCUUCGUCCUUGGCCUUCGCCAAUGGCGGCACAUGGAGUGCGUGGCGGAGGCAGAACUGCGACAGCAUGGCGACACUAUUGACCUAACCCGCCCCAUUAGACUGGUGCAGCGUCGCAUCUGUUGCACAGGCGGAGGCGGGGGUCAGGACGUAGAUGGCAGUGAUUCUGCCAUGCAAAGUCCGGGAAAGAAAAUGUUCGGACAAAAACGCAACGCCGCCAAGGCGCCAGCCACCAAUUAUCGACUAUGAGCAGACAGAUUGGAGCUGUCAGGGAACUUACGCUUAAUUUAACCACUUACCCCACCGGGUUGACCUUCAUUCCGUUACAUUCCAGACCAUUCCGAGAGGGGGAAGUGCAUAAGACCAAAAAGUAAUCAAUCGUUGAUGCUAAAAUUUGAAGCGAUUAGCCUGGAGUUGAUAUUCUAAAGGAACUUUGUUUUUUUAACGAACUACUUAAGAGCUAACUGCACUGUAUAACAGUUAUAACAUAUGCUUUAAGACGAAUACUAGCGAAUAUUUUCCUAAAAGAAUCUAAUAUUCUUACUAAAUUAUUAUUUAUAUCGGCAAAUUGGAUACAGAUGUUUUAUACAACAUCCCUUUUUGGUAAUUGUAAUGAACAAUGUAACUGUUAUACAGUAUAAAAAACUUACCAAUUGAAUAGUCUUAUACUGUAUAACAGUAAAAGUGUCUUAAAGAAGCUUUUGGUGUCUUAUAUAGCAUAUGAAUUUAUAUGAACUUAUACAAUAUUUAAGGCAACCAGAGUUUCGCUAGUUUUGGAUAUGUAUUAGCUACACAAAUCAUUUUUGUACAAUAAAUAUCUGAAAAUAUGACAAAA